ACGGAAGUGACGCGAUUGAGCGGAGCCGAAUGGCCUGAGCCCGAGAACAUGGAGAGGGACAAUAUUGUUUACAGUAAGAUUCCCCCAAAGGAAGCAAAACUCUUGAAUGUUCAGCCUCAGAGCUCGAAACAAGCCAAAGCAUUUGUUGAUGCUUUUCUGAAGCGCAGUUUGCCACGACUGAGAGAUGAGGACAUUCAGAACCGUCUGAAGAGACAGGCUGUCGUUCUGGAACAUUAUUUAAAGAAGCGCACAAAUAGUAAAAGAAAAAACAGGUAUCUGAAGAGUCAGAACCGUCUGAAGGGACAGGAGGUCAGUCUGCAGCAUACUUUUACGAAGCACAAGAAAAAAAGGAAAAACAAGUGUCUGUCUGCCAAGGAGAGGCGGGAAAUGAAAAUAUUUGAUCUGAAACCAGACCAACAUAGAUACGAUUUAUUUCUCCCUUUGAAUGGGCUGUGGAAGCAAUACAUCCGUAGUCUGUGUAAUGGCCUUAAACCUGAUGUGCAGCCGUAUUUGAUCCAGACAAAGUUGCUGAAAGCAGAUUUGCAUGGAGCCAUUGUGACAGUGGUGAAAUCCAAAUGUCCCUCUUACGUAGGAACCACAGGAAUUAUUCUACAGGAACUGAAACACGUAUUCAAGAUUAUUACUAUGGAAAAUAAACUGAAAGUUAUACCCAAGAUGAAUAGUGUCUUUAGUGUGGAAAUCGAUCGCUUUGUUUCAUAUAUCUACGGCAGCAAGUUCCAGCUAAGAGCAGGUGAACGCUCAGCUAGGAAAUUUAAAGUAAAAGGAAGCAUAGACCUUUAAAUCGAGGGCAAGACUGCGGGUUCACGCUAAUAAGCGCUAUCAAUGACUCUCGGACACGCCUUCAGUGGAAAACACUUGAACCUGUCAAGUGGAGUACAAGUGUACGGUUUAGUGGGAAUGUGUAUCGAUUGCCUCAUCUCCUGGGAUCCUUUGUUAACCUGAAGUGCAAUUUCCCAUCAGAUUCUCACAUUAAAUUGCUGUGCAGUGAAGGAUUCUGUCAGAACUGAACUGAAUGUGUCCUAAUCUAAUUUUUGGACUGUAUUUAAAUGCAUCUGAGUGUAGUUUUUUUACACAUACAAUUGUAGUUCAUAUGAACACAAUAAACACAACCUGAAUUAACUGAA